CUAUACGGAUAAGGAUAACACUAUAAAUACAGCCUUUCUACCACAUCAACAAUCACUAAAACCCCAUAUCAGCUUUACCCUUAUCUAUACUCGAAUUCUCUUCUAUGGCCUCUAAUACUUUCGCUGUGAAAUUCUUCUCGUUACUAAUUUUUUCAUUUGCCAUUAUGAAAAUGGCAAUAGCGGGAGAUCCAGACAUUAUCUUUGACUUUAUAGCCCCCCCAAACACCACAAUUGAUGAGAAUUUCUUUACAUUUACUGGCAUGCGUUCCCUUAUUACAGCUGGCCCUCUCACAGGCUUUAAGGUCUCCAAAGCAGCCUUGACUGAAUUUCCGGCUCUUAAUGGGCAGAGUGUUUCUAUUGCUGUUCUUGAAUUUGCAGCUGGCUCUACCAACCCACCGCACACCCAUCCUCGCUCUGCUGAGCUUCUUUUCCUGAUCGAUGGUACCCUUCAAGUGGGGUUCAUUGAUACUACCAACAAGCUGUUUAAUCAAACAUUACAGACGGGUGAUAUUUUUGUGUUUCCAAAAGGACUCGUGCACUUUCAAUUUAACCCUGCCGCGCAAGCCCCGGCGCUAGCAAUUUCAGCUUUUGGAAGCGCAAAUGCUGGAACCGUUUCACUUCCCAACACUUUGUUCAACACUAGCAUUGAUGACAAUGUCUUGGCUUUGUCAUUCAAGACUGACAUUGCCACCAUUCAACAUCUUAAAGCUGGUCUUGCUCCCAAGCCAUAAGGAUACCGUUCAUUACCACU